UCACACGAUAUUACGUGUUAGAAAAAUUAAGGCUUCAUAUCAUAAUAACAACGCCUUCAUGACGGGAGGCCGCUUGACAGUGUCUGUGGUAUAAUAAACGUAUUAAAAGUAAACUUAUGAAUAAUUAUGAAUCAUCUUCUACAAAUCAUUUCGAUUUUAUCUAUUAGUAGUACAUUAUUGUGUUAUAGAGACGGGAAUGAAGUCAUUUACGACUAUCUAAACCUACCAGAAGGAUCUCGAUGCAAAUGGAACGGAUUAAAUGGAGUGUGUGCGAGUCCGUACCACUGUCGUACAACCAUGGAAGACAUCCGAGAUGAACGCUACCCGCCGGUCUGCAGUGUACAAGGUGUGAAGGUGUUCAUAUGUUGCACGGAUUGCGAACUGGGUGACAUAACCGAUUCAUUCAGACUAGACGCGGGUACCCCUGUAUGGUAUUAUAAAACUGGAGAGAAAGCGAGAGACCAUUGUUUGGACUACGUAGCAUUGGAAACUAAAACCCCAUACAGGUGUUAUUUCGUGUAUGACCAGUAUAACACAUCCUAUAACAUAACAAGAAAUUGUUUCGAUGUUGUUCAUGACGAUACACCGUCGGGAUCGAGUAGCGGAGGAGUCGGAGGAGUGCCUUCAAACCGAGACCAAUUUCGACACAUGGCGCUGCUAGGGUACGGAGACAACAUUGACUCAGCACAGUGGAUCUGCGGUGGAUCGCUUAUCAGUAACAAAUUCAUCCUCACAGCUGGUCACUGCACAGCAUCUGCAUUAUUAGGCCCAGUGCGGUACGCCGCGCUAGGCAUCCUGAAGCGCUCGGACCCGCUGGAGCUGUGGCAGCGGUACCUCGUGAAGAGGAUCAUCCCGUAUCCGCUGUACAAGCCGCCAUCUAAGUAUCAUGACAUCGCUCUACUGGAAAGUGAUACAGAGGUAGCAUACAAUAAGCAUGUGUUUCCUGCCUGUCUUCAGUUCCUGGCUAACCCUCGCGGCGAUCGGUGGAAUUUAUUGGCCAUUGCAACUGGUUGGGGCGCUCUUGGUCAUAAACGGGAAUUGGCCGACGUCAUGCAAGCCGUGUACCUGGACCGAUACGAGGCCCAUGAGUGCAGCCAGCUGUACCCGAAGCAUAGACAUUUACGGCACGGGUACAAUCACACCACGCAAAUGUGCUACGGGAACCGGGAAAUAGUCAGAGAUACUUGUGAGGGUGACAGCGGAGGACCUCUACAAGUUGGUUCCCUUGUAGCAAAAUGCGUAUACAGCAUCAUCGGCGUGACAUCAACGGGAAAGGCUUGUGGAUUUACCAGUAACUCUGGUGUGUACACCCGAGUGAUCCACUACCUGCCCUGGAUUGAGAGUAUCGUGUGGCCGGACUGAUAAAGGAGAUAACCUGUGAAGACAAUUGACAAUUGAUACUUAAAACAAAAUAAUUAUUUUGAUAACUAAUCAAUGUGUAUUUCAAAAAUAAUAGCGUCUCGUUUUCUUUACUUGGAUUCCACUUGCUAAUUAAUUUAUUUAAAAGAACAGAACCUGUUUUGAACACAAAUAAAUGGUUUAAGUAUCGAAA